AUGGCAAGACUCACUGACGAUGCCGACUACAUUGUCGGCGAAUUGUCUGUGAAUGUACCAAAUCCACGGUCCGACACUGGGAAAUAUGGGAACUACUAUAUCAGAGAACUUCGGGCAAGGUAUGUCCAACUAAGUUCGCCCGAGAGCUUCGCCAAGUUGCGAAAACGCGAUCACACCACUUCCAUACAUCGAAUGGAUACUGCAAUCAAAAUAGAGACCACAACAUCUGGGUCUAUAGAAAUAACAUUCUGA